CAUUGGAAUCAAUCAACGAAAGAAAAGGAGUAUAUUACCAAAAAACAUAUAGCAAGAAUAAAGUGCAUCACCAAACUAAACCACAAUCAUUAACAGAACGGCUUGCAUUUCCAAACACUCAAUGA